UUACUGACGCGCCCAUUGUUUUGAUUUGAGAACAGAACAAACCAAAUAAAUCCGUCGUCUUUUUCUGUAUUAAAUAUCGAACCGACUGAGCUGCCUCGCAGUGUUAACAUCUAAUACAUUUUAUACGCAUAUUCUGUAUCACGCUACGGUCGCACACACAGCUUUAGAUCUUCUUUUUCAACCAUAACACAGUCUGUUACAUUUAAACUCCCCUCCCCCCCCCCCAUAACUUUGUUGGAGUGGUUUCGCCCAGGUUUGAACUGGAACGUUGACGUUGUUGCUGUACGUAUCUUUUAAACGGUGGAACGAUACAUUGUUACCAGUCAGCGAAUGUACGUCAUCUUUUAACAACGGCACCGAAAUACCGACAACAGACUGUUACUGAAAUGCCAAAUCAAAUGGACGAGGCUCCGGAAGAUUCCCCAGCUGACCUUCCCUGUCUGGAAAAACUUGACUCUCCUACGGGGAGCCCACCCACCGCCUCAUUAUCCAGUCUGAUGGAGCUGGAAAAUUGUGUUUCCAACCUGAGCCUCGCGCAUGAGAUAGUGGUGAACAGAGACUUCUGCUUCAAACCCCAGAGCCCUCCCACAGACAGCCUGGAGGGCAGAGUGACAGAGAUUGUUCACCGAGCGUUUUGGGACAGUCUUCAAGAGCAGCUGAACGGUGAUCCUCCGAACUACAACCAUGCUGUCAUUCUGCUCCAGGAAGUCAAGAGUAUGCUUCUGUCCCUGCUGCUGCCCGGUCACGUCAGACUGAGAUCCCAGCUGGACGAGGUGCUGGACAUGGAGCUGAUCCAGCAGGAGGUUAAUCAUGGGGCUCUGGAUCUCCACAGACUGGCAGGAUACAUCAUCAACACCAUGGCUUCUUUAUGUGCACCUGUGCGUGACCAAGAGAUCAGGGCACUGAGGGACCUCAAGGAGCCCGUGGAGCUCCUGAGGGAGAUCUUCCGCGUCUUGGGCCUGAUGAAGACUGACAUGGUUAACUUCACCAUCCAGAGCCUGAGGCCUCACCUCCUGCAGCAGGCCGUGCAGUACGAGAGGGCCAAAUUCCAGCAGAUUCUGGACAAGCAGCCAGCUUCUCUGGACAAUACCACCGCUUGGCUUCAGGCAGCAAUGUCAGAAGAAGCAUCGGCCCUCAGAGCUCCAUCUGAGUCUCCCAGUCCUGACAGUCAGGGACCUAUCAGCGCCACCGCUGUCCUCAACCGGGCCUACAUGCAUCUGCUACACUGGGACGCGCAAGACCAGAAAUAUCCCGAGACUGUGCUGAUGGACCGAGCCCGUCUGGACGCUCUGGGCCAGCAGCUCCAGAUGCUGGUCCUGGAGGCAUCAGUGCUGCUCCUGACCAACGCUCAGUGUGGGGGCGCCAUUUUCUCUCUGCAGGGGUUUGUAGGUAAACUCAGGCAGUCCGUCGCUGCCCUGCUGGAGGGCAGUCACACCAGGGAAGCUGACCUGAAGCGAGCGCUGCUGGGACUCGGGGAGACCGUACUGCAGCAGGUGACCGAAGCCCUGAGCGGCCAGAGAGGAGCAUCCCUGCCUCAGGAGAGCCUGGAUCUGCUGAAAGGACAAAUAUCUGAGCUGUGGAAGCACAAUAACCCUGUUCGCACACUCAUAGGAGAAAGGGUACAGGGCUUCCUCCAGGCCAUGCUGCAGGGCGGCCCCGCUAAAAGGAGUCCAGAACUGCCCGCUCCCCUCAGGCUGGUGAGUGCUGAGCUCGCCGAGCUGGGGAUGGCCUUUGGGCGAAUCGUCCACUUCAACCGAACAGUCUUCGGUCCCUUCUACGCACCCAUCCUCAGGAAACUGCUGUUCCCACCGGGAGAGGCCGAGACGGGGGAGGACUCGCGUUAGGCUGAGGGUGACCCAGACAACCUCCGGUGACCGUUACAUAAGCUACCUUUUGGCGCUGAAUGUGUAGCUAUAGAGUGUAAAUACAGUGAAUGAGAAUGUUUAAGGGAAACACAUUUAGAGUCUGCAGGAAAGAAAAAGUUGUAUAUUAUUAUAUUUUUUUGGUAAACAAGAAACUAAGUCAAAGCAUGAGGCAGGUGCUGAAUUAUUAUUACAUUAGUAAUAUAAUGCAUCUAAAUCACACGUUUGAGUAAUAGAUUGCGUGAAACAAAAUGAGUAAUAGAAAACUUAGUAUGAGUCAUAAUAAGAGAUUGAUUGUGAUUCUGAAAUGUUUUUGAGAAGGCUGGAAGAAAUGUUAAUUUUCACUCAAGAUAAACACCCUCAGGAAAAGUAUAAAGUACCAAAGAUUAUGCUAACAGUUUGUAAAUAGUACUUCAGUUUUAAAAUGUAGCUGGUUUCUGUUGUUAUCUUUAUGUUUGCAGACAAUUAUGUAUAACGCCAGGUUCAGACACGAGGCAGAAGCAUCGCUGCCUACUUCCUUUCCCCUGAUUUUUUCCCACACAUGAGGAAAUUUCAAAAUCUGCCCUUUCACUGUUCAGUCCCUCCAGGAUUUUGCAAGCUUGUGUUUGUGGUGGUCUAAAAUGACUGAUUUCAAGGCAGGUUUUCUAAAAAAGUGUGAUGCAUGAUGCCAUUUUUUAGGCAUGGCUCCUUGCAGGAGGAGGUGAAAAUUGCAAAAGGAUAAAUGAAAUUAUUAAAAAUUGAAGGCAAGGUUCUAUAGGUUUGAAAUGAAUUUAGCAAUGAAUUUGUGGAAAAGUUGCGUUGAUUGGACAAAAGUGCAGUUUUCACAGUGAUCAGUUGAGUUUACGUUAAUUGUCGCAAUUGCAACCUCCUGGAGGGAUCAAUUUUUAUUAGAAAUAGUAUCACUUAAUUUUUCAACAUAUUUCUAAGUUAGAUGAGCAGAAACACACACACACACUCAGGAAAAAGAGAAGCCCCUCCCUGCAGCUCACACAAGAUGAUGAUCCUUUUAACUUCAUUGUCGCAGAAGAAGCAACAUCCAGGAACACAUUAAAAACAUUAUAAAUUCACGAGGUUAUUAAAAUCAGCUUAAUGUGUGAUUAGAAAAAAGCAGAGGAGCACAAUCUGGCAGCGCUCCCGACUCGUGUCUGAACCCCGUGUAACUUACCAAAGACAGUGAGCACUUUUUUUCAUUCUUUUUUUUUUUUCAUCUUUCUGUAAUUAUAAACCAAAAAUAUAAUCAAUGUUUACUACAGUUGUUGGUAAUAGAGGCGGUGAUGUGUGAAACUGCAGUUAUUUGUAAAUAAAUACCAAAUUGAUUAACUGUAAUUUUAUAGUUUUAGAGUUUAUUACAACAACUGAUACGGUUGAGAUAGCUGUUGUUUGGGAUGCAUCACAUGUUAUGAGCCUGUUAUUUGUUUGCUUUGUGUUUUCAAUUUAUUUUUUAAAGUACACCCUUUACAUGCCAAAUUUUCAUACGGUUGGGAUAUCUGUGCAGCAGCUGGCUGCGAGCGAUAUAUAAAUAUAAAAGGAACUGUGCUGGUAAUGCAGGCACCAUGCAAGAUUAAAUGUGUUGUUCCUACAGUUCCAGGAAGCCGUUGGUUUAUGUUCAUUUCCAGCACUUCCAGUAUGAACACCAUAUACCAGACUCCUGCUUAUGUUGCAUAAUGCAUCACAGUGAACAAUUUGUAUUCACUUUGUGUUACAUUAUUGUUGUGAUGUGUGAUAAGAACAGUAUAAAUCAGAAAAAUAAUGUAACUGAAAAUCUUUCAGACUAGAUGUUCACUGAUGAAGCAACACAAAAUUUCAAUCCUCAAGCAAGAGUCAGCUGGCAUAUUUUCAUAUAGUACGGAAAUGCAUACACACCAAUGGAUACCUGGAAUUCUAGCCAACAUACAUAAACAGUUCUGAAAACAUUGUGGUAUCAUUUGCAAAAUGGUAAGCGUGAGGGAUUUGCAUUCAUAAAACGGGCUAAAACAUGCUAAAUUUGCACAUACAGGUCACACAGGUAAGCAUGUUCUGAAAGAUAAAUGCCUAGAAAUCUUUUGAAAGGUCUUUUAACAACAUUUCCCGCUGUUUUUGAUGGCAUUUUCCAGAAUCCUCAAAGACCCCUCCCCCAUAUGAAUAAAACAACAUUUAAUCUGCUGCAACAUGAAAAAGAUUUUUAACCUGUUUCCCAAACUGCAACUUGAUUUACUAAUCCAGGUCACCAGAAUUCUGCUGCCGCCCAACGUGUUACUGUGUACAAAAAUAUGAUAUAAUGGAAAAUAACAUUAUUAUAAAGAAAUGUAUAAAAGUGUUGUACAAACCAAGCGAGGACCUUUCCUGCUACCGUGGUUACCACCCUGGUUUAGGAGAGUCACAACUUGGGAUAUUUGUUUUUAAUCCUGCGACAAACCAUCAUGAACCAAAGUUUUUUUUAAUCUAAAUGGUUAGAAGAGAUUUAGAGGAUUCUGCAUCAACACAGCAAUAACUGUCUGGGUUUUUCAAACAUCAUAAGGCACUUUGGAAAAUCGGAUGCUUAGCUCUGUGACUUGAAUGUAAUAUAAGCACAAACUGGGGCUAAUCGUUUGUUGAGAUUGAAGUUGCACCACCCACUAAUCUCUAUAGCAGGGGAAACACUGAUAGUGUAAUUGUACAAUAAUUAGCCAUGUUGUUAUAUUUGUUAUAAUUUUAAACAGCUGGUGAAAUGUUUCUU